AUGCUUCAAAGGAAACAACACCAUCCCUACUUCGAAAUUCUAUUGAAACAAUUUCUUUGUCAAGAUCAUAUUACGAAAUUAUGUCCUGAUAAGAAUAAAACAGUUGGUGAUCAUCAAGUUCGUUAUCUUCUCCAUCAUCUUUCAACAUUACAUCAAAUUUUUGAAUCCGAUACAGAUAUAGUUAUUGAUUAUGGUACAUUUACUCGGUACGUGCCAGAUUAUAUUCAGAAACCAAUUCAUGAGAGUUCGGGAACAUGCUUGGGUAUAACCUGUUUAAAUCCGCAAAUAAAACUUGAAAAGUUGAAAAAAUUGAAACAAAAAUAUCCUUGUUUUCAACCUAUCAUUGAUGGCAUACCGCUUGAUUUAUCAGAGUUAGUGAAAGAUGAAAAGGAAUUGGACAACUUCAAACGUAAAUUAUCGAAACUAAAUGAUGAAAAAUUAAAUAUAACAUACAGUGAAUGGCACAAAAUUGUAAAACCAAAUUGUACGGCACCAGCGUCAACAAAAGUAGCAUUGACAGCUUCAAUUAAGGAUUUUUUUUUAAAUUCAUAA